GAGGCCCCCCGCUGGCGGAUGGCGCGGCGCCAGACGGCGGUGGCGUGGCUGGAGCCCCCGUCUACGACUUGCGGGUGCAGGCCCUCGAGGUCGAUUCUCAGAGUGUGCGAUGUCGCGUGUUCAGGGCUGCCGUCACCAUUCCCACGGUCACGCCGUCUGCGGAUUGGCCCGUGCGCGGGCCGAGCGCCCUUCCUUGGGUCAGCAAGUUCAUCGUGGCCAACGACGGGCCGCCUGUGGCCAGGCACAACCGCUUCAUGGCGGGGGCCCGCCUCGACGGCCCUGAGCCUGGGGUGGAGGAUCACCUCCGCGUGUGCAUGGCCGUGGGUACGGCCGCCUGCUUUGGCCUGCUGAACAUCAUUGAGAUCGCGUCCUUCGAGUGGCUGGGGCGUUCUCUUCAGGUGCAAGGAGAGCGCCACAGUGGUCGCGACAUCGGGUCUGAGGACAUAGUUGAUUCUCACCUCUUCUGGGGUUCGGACCUCGCCAGAGGCAACGCGUGCGUGGCCCAGCAGCUGCAAGAUCGGAUCGCGCAGGAGCUCGCCAGGGAGAUCUCGGCGAUGAAAGAAAGACGAGGGGCUCGGGAAGAGCGCAUCGCCAGCCGCCAGCCUCGUAACAACAAGAAGGCGGGGGGCAAGGAGCAGGGGUGA